AUGAACUCCUCCACCCAAGGCAAUGUCGAUCCUUAUCAGGCUCCCUCGACAGCACCAAGUCCCCAUGCAAAUACUCCUCCCCGCGCCAGACAGGUCACUGCUGCGCCAGCGCUUGAGCACGGGAAAGGGCAAGGGAUAAGGAAAGUGGGAAGAGAUCAUCGUGGUUCGUGGACCCUGGCCAAGGUCUUCGGCACUUCAGCGCCAUUGAUACAUAUAUACCUGCCUUUUUUCAUCAAUUGGCUUGGCAUUGUCGGUCUCAUAUUCGGAGGCUGCUGCUCCAACGUGUUCGCCUUGGAAUCAAUCAUCAAAUGGGAACCAGAGAGCGGGCUCCUGAUCACCUUCGUCCAGUUCGUUGUAACAGCGCUUGUCACAUCGCCGACUUACUUCUCUGCCCGCCGUCCACCAUUCUUCCUCAAGCGGCGCCAAAUUCCCUUGACUCGAUUGACUCUAAGUGCCUUGAUGUUUUUCGCUGUGAACAUGCUCAAUAACUUUGCCUUUGGCUACAACAUCUCCGUCCCGGUACAUAUAAUACUACGAAGCGGAGGAAGCGUGAUGACCAUGCUCGUUGGCUACGUCUGGGGGAAACGUUACACCAGCAUGCAAAAUUCCGAAUUCAUCACAGGCCUCGUGAUCCUCGCUGUCGCUCAACUACUCUCCGCGGUUAUGGGAAUUUACACUGAGAUCACAUACUCCAGAUACGGCAGACAUUGGCAUGAAAACCUCUUCUACCAGCACUUCCUUUCAAUACCGAUGUUUUACCCUUUCUUUCCCUCGCUUCUCGAACAAUUGAAGAAACUUGUCUACUCCGAACCCAUUCAGCUUUCGCCUUCUUUGUACCGGUCCCUGUACAUAAAGUCUAAUUCGACGUUCGACUCUGGCGACCUUCAUCUUCCACCGAUGGCGCUUACGCCUUCUGUUCUCGGGGUCGCAUUUCCAAAACACGUCUUCAACCUCGCUCUGAACGCUGGGACGCAAUUUGCUUGCAUCAGAGGUGUGAACGCCCUGAGCGCCAGAACAUCCGCGCUUGGAGUCUCCAUCGCACUCAACGUCAGGAAGCUAGUCAGUCUGUGCGUAAGUCUCUGGCUAUUCGGAAACAAGCUACCAGAGGGGGUUCUUUUAGGCGCAGUCAUUGUGUUUGGGAGCACAAGCAUCUGGGCGUGGGAGGGCCAGAGGAUCGGAAAGAAGGAUAAAAGGAAGGGAAAGAUGCCGUAG